GACACAUAAACAACUGUUCUUAAUAGCGAUGAUGAUGAUGAUAGCAAUAAACCGUGUAACAUUACCGGAGCCAGUAUGACGAUUAGCAUAUUCAGGAUACAUUAGGUGAAGGCUCGUAACAGAGAAUACGCUCAAACUCAACGAUGCCUAACUCUUUGAUUUUGUGCAACAAAGCGAAAUUGCGGAGCAAUUGUUCUGAUACUGAAAUUAGUGAUGAAUUGUUUCAUGACAAAAUCGCCCCUAUUAAGAGGAUAACCUAAACAGUAUUAAAGAAAUCUAUUCUUUCACUCUUCACUACAACAAGAACAAGUUCUCCGCUUGUGGUGCAUUUCGAUAUUGCGCAGGUUUACCGGGUAAGGUUUGGGUAAGAGUUUGUGAGAAACUGUCUGCUCGACAUUCUCUGUGUUACUCCGAGGACCUUUUCACCAAUUGACACUCUUAGCGCUACCAGGGUUGUAUUGUGUAGUGUGAGGCUAGAUUCUUUCACACAUCUGCAACGGGGUUAAGAUGGUCUUCAACACAUCUCACUUUACGGCCAAAGCGUCUAUAAUAGGCUAACUUGACAUGUUUUCAGUCGAGCAUGAGGCUAUAGUUUUUUUUUCGUUGCACUCGCUAAUAACAUUCUUUCUUGUGAAACUACAAUUAAGCAGUAAUUUCUAUCUUACACAGCAGGGGUUUCAGUACUUCUUGCUUUCAUGUGCCGCUGAGGAUUUGGAAAUCCGAUCCGGAUGUGGGCUGGCAUGACUGAAUGUUGCGGGUGAACACACGCGGGCUUGCCUCAGGCGCGAUCUGUGACAGCCGGGGCGGACUAGCAAAACCUGUAACUUUUGCAUUGUCAAAGACCAUUGAAGUGCUUUCCCCUUCGGGAAGGCCCGAGAGCGUGUGGAUGGGCCAGCUAGAUUGCUGAGACGCUAGGUGAAAAAGUUUCGCGUGGAGGUCCAGGGGAGGAGUGAUGGCGGAGGAUGGGAUCGGGGAUUGAACUGUUGGAGCCUCUUCAGCGAACCAUACCAAGCUUACUUCCAGGCAUGGGGGAAGGAGAUAUUGGAAGACGGUGGUGCUCGCGUUGGGCUUCGUUGUUAACGGGAUGGGAUGGGGUAGAGAGGCGUUGUUGGGAUAAACACGGAUACGUGAUGUUUUGUAGAACACGUACUCAUAUCAAUGGCCAUGCAGAUUCUAUCCACACAUUGACCUUCUAGGUAUCGUCUUUUACAUAAUAUUGAAUUCUUGUUAUACAAUAAUUUUAAAUAUCAAACUUGUACAAGUCAAUAACUAUGGAUUAUUCUGUUAGGAGCAAAUUUAAGCUAUUCCUUGCAAUUGGUUUUGAUAAGAAACAUUUCAAGGUGACUCUUCGCUGACAUAUACUUCUGUUUGUUCAUUUUUAUCAUAAAAUUUUCUGUUUUCACUAAUUUGUGUCAUUUUUGAAUAUAAAUGCAGGAAGUGAUGAUGUUUCAAGGUCAUGUGUAUAGUUCUUUAGUGUUUGAAAGCGAUCUGCAUUUACUCAAAGGCCUCUUGCAAUCAACUGCUCACCGAUAUCUAGUCGUAUGCGUUUUUGUCGCGUUAACAGCUCCUUUUGUAUUCAGCGCAGCGCACUUUAUGAGCAGGAAACGACGUGACGCGCUAAUUAAAUUAGCUUCGCAGCUCGAAUACGGUCGACUUGAAUAUUUAAAUGUAAAUCGAUUUGGUCUAGAAUCGAGCAAAAGUAGAGGUACCGGUGAUACGCCGUUACCUACACAUGAUAACGAUAUGACUAGCACUAGCAUUGACAUGAUAGGAUCCAAGAAACCCAGCGAAGAAGGGAGUCGGAGGGUGAUUUUACCACCGGGGGCCACCUUCCACAGUAUUAAGCGCAUGUUCCCUCUCUUUCCUAAAAUUGUCGGACACCAAUCUAAUAGUAGUGUUUGCGAAUGUUCAAUUUCUAAGAAGCAUGCUCGACAGAGCGGGAUUGAUCACUGUGGAUUAACAACGUCAUCGACUAAGCACACAUUUCAGCCUACUGUUAUAGUGAAUGAAAAUAGAGAAGGUGGGAGUCAUAUUAGUUCUUACAAGAGUAGUCUCGGUGGUGAUUUUUUCUUUAAUUGCGCGUUUGCAUCAGUUUCAGUUUCCUAUUCACCUACAACUUCGAGCUUUUUGGGUAGUCCACAUCUACCCCGUCGUGAUGUGCAGGUGAGAGGCGCCUCGUCUACUGAUAAUUAUUACCGCUGCCGUCGAAAGCAGCUCAUCUCUCGGUUAUGUGAUGAUUAUAGUGAGCUGCUAGCGCCUCUCGCUCAGGUCAUUUUAGCUAAACAAAGCACUAACGAUGGAGACUUUGCGCACACUAUUGCCAGCACAGCCAGCACAUUUUUUAUACUCAAGUCGGCGCGUUCGCUGUGCUGCAUGGCGGCACGGGACGCAACUAUACACGUUUCUUUUUUUUUCAUUAGCCUCGCGAUGGGCCGUUUUGUUUCUUUUAACUACUCUGAGUGUGAUAGUCCAUAUUUGCCUCAAAAGACUCUUAAAGACCUCACAUUCGUCAUGGCUUUGUGGCACCCUAUCAACAUCCUCCGUAUUAUCAGAGACCUAGCAAUAUCGCUCCUGCAAGAUCCUAUCUUUAAAGACUCUUCAGAUUUUGCUUCUUUAAAACCUGCAUCAAAAGAGCUACCAAACUCAUCUUCUGCCUUAGCGAUUGAUAGUUUGCUUGGACUGUAUGUCUUUGUGAUGUCAGCGGAUUCCCCUACGGUGCGUUGCUUCCUGCCAUUUUGGUUGGUGCCCAUCUGGAGGCAGCUGUUAUUUGUGGAAUGGAUCGGCCGACCGGCUGCAGCACUAUGGUUGCAUUCUCAGACCGUUACUGGGGAGAAAGGUAGAGGAGUUCCAUCAUAUCUCUUAGCUGACAGGGUGUGGAAAGGACUCACGCCUAAAGGCUACUUUGUGUGCAUGCUGCUUUACUCGCUACCAGAGGUCAUCAUACAUUCCUUUGGAGACUUUAAUUGGUGGGGUUUAUGCAAACAGAUUUACCAAUUGCACUAUAGUAAGGACAAAUAUAAAAAGGUUCGUACAUACAUUCAAAAGAUUUACUUUUGGCGACCAACGUUUGCUAAUACGAGGGAGGACACUUCAUAUCAAGAUAGCAAAGCAUACGUUAACCUUUCUACAAAUACGGGCAAAAGGGCCCAGAAAGUUGAAUCAUUCUAUAAAUCUUUGUGGGAUACGACUGAAGAUAUUACUCAAAGUUUGUGGCGAUGUGGUAAGAACAUAUACAAUGUUUGUCCAGCUCUAACAGGCAUACUAAUCGACGCUGGUUUGUGUUUUAUUGUUCUUUCUUUCAUUCCCGCACAAACCCCUAAAGCGAGUACAAUACCAGCAUAUAGUCAUAGACCUGGAUUACAUUUUUACGCAUUAGGAUGCUUAAGGGGAAUAAUAAUAGCUAGUCGAUGGGCCUGGUCAACAAAAGUGGAGUAGACACCAAAAGAAUUAGAAAACAAAAAAAAUAUGAAGUUAGUAAGUAAAUACUGUACAGAAGAAAAAUAAGUGGGUAUGGCUAUAAGUGGGGCCCUUGUUUACGUUGUCAAUUGUAUGUCAUCGAGAGUACUCGCACUCUGGCAACGAGAGUGGGGGGGCUCGCACGCCUAUUUGUACAACCAGCGUCUGCAUAAAUAUCCGUAUUUCUACUCCGAUUGUCGUCAGUGACUAGGUAUCUCUUUAGAACCCCUUCUAUUUCUUACUGCUUAUCUACCACCGAUAGCCCCUCGUUGGUUUUCCAUCAUGCCCUGUGGUGGGUGCAGUAUGUAGGUGCACCGCUGUUCUAGGUACCAUUUUUGUUAAUUUU